AUGGUACUGCUGGACAUCUUCCGAUGUCGGAGGGAAUGUUUUCGAGCUCUUUGCUGCAAAGGACCUCCACCACCAAGACCAGAAUAUGAUUUGGUUUGCAUAGGUCUCAGUGGCUCUGGCAAGACAAGCCUGUUGUCCCAGCUCUGCAGUGAAAAUAGAGAAAAUAUAGUGUCAACCACAGGUUUCAGCAUAAAAGCAGUGCCGUUCCAGAAUGCCAUCUUGAACGUAAAAGAACUUGGAGGGGCUGACAAUAUCAGGAAGUACUGGAGUCGUUACUAUCAAGGAUCUCAAGGAGUAAUAUUUGUAUUAGACAGUGCUUCAUCAGAAGAUGAUUUAGAAAUCGCUAGGAAUGAACUGCACUCUGCGCUUCAGCAUCCACAGUUAUGCACUUUGCCAUUUUUAAUAUUGGCCAAUCAUCAAGACAAGCCAGCCGCUCGUUCAGUACAAGAGUUCUAACACCUCCAGGAUGAAAGGAAUGUCUCUGCUGGCAGCUGUCCCUCCAGGUGCUGAGAACUACAAGGAAAGGGAGUAGAACUAGCACCUUCUUUUCCAUUUUUCCUCUUUGUGAGUGGAGGUUACAUGGAAGAAGACUGAAUAGAGCAAUACUGACAUUGUUAACACAGAUAUAAAGGACUUACCUAAUUUGGCAAUUGUGUUCUGAAUAUUCUGGGAGCUGUUGUAUGUAGGCAUCCCCACACUUGCAUCAGCUUCAUGGAGCAAAGAGGGUAAAUCCCAAUGAUCUUCCUCAAUGUGUCUGUCAGUGCCAGACUUUGCUAUUUACAGACAAAUGAAAAAAACCUAUGAUGGAUCUAGUGACUACUACUAGAUGGUGUGCUUUGUUGUGUCCAAACUAAUUUGACCUUGAGAAGCUCUGCAAGGACGGGUGAAAGCACACACUUUCCAUCUCUCUCUCUUUGUGCCAUGUGCCAAGAUAUUCCUUAAAUAUUGUCUGCUCCUAAUGUAGUUUUUCUCUUGUUCUGUAUUAUUGCAGACAAUUGAUUCUUGUACUUUGAACAUCUGUGUUUCAGAGCCUAAGGUUGAAAAAAAUAGCGCUAAGACUGUUUUGAGUUAUAAAGGUAAAAGAAGAUACAAAUAGGCUAGGUAUUUGAUUGAUGUCAUAGUAUCAGGGUAUUCUAGCUGCAUCCAGCUAGUUAGCCUCUUUUGAAGUAUUGUGAUGCCACACAGGAAUCAAUAUGAUGCUAUUUUAAUUGUUCUGAUAUAUAUUUAUAGUGCUGAAACUAUUUUUUAUACAAGUAAUCCUCAACUUAUGACCAUUCAGUUAGCGACCGUUUGAAGUUACAGUGGCGCCGAAAAGAGUGACUCAUGACCAUUCCUUGCAGCAUCUCCACAGUCAUGUGAUUCGGGCACUUGGCAACUGGCAUAUAUUUACAAUGGUUGCAGCG